AUGUCCGACAACAACGCGCACCCCGGGGUCCGCAGCUUGCUGGCCAAGUUCGAAAGCAGCGAAAGCCCCGUGGCAUCGCCCCCGUCGCGAGGAAGAACCCCCGUGCCCGCCGAUACCCCCGGAUCGUCGACCACACGCCCGCUGUCGCGCGUCCGCGCCAGCUUCGUGACGGUCGAAGGAGCCAUUCAAUCCAACCCGGGCUCGCCAUUGCGCAAGACCAGUGGACGCAGUGAUAGCCCGGGCAUGUUCGGCCCUAAGAUCAACCACGAGGACGUCGAGGCACGCCGGCAAAACGUGAUCUCUCCAACACCUGCGGGCGGCAAUGACAACGGCCAAACAAGCACCAUGGACCAGGCGAUCAAUGGGGUCCAGAAGGAAACUGCAGCCAUGAGCCUGGAAGACAAGGAUGUUCCCAAGGAACAACCUCCAUCCCGAGUGGUGAGCGGAGCCUCUUCGGAAGCCGCUUCUGUGAAGAACAAUAACCCCGCUGAGUCUGUACCAGCGCCUGCUGCUACCUCUACUGCCUCCUCUGCUGCCCCGGCUGAGAAACCGACCGCGAAGACUGUGACGAAGCGGCCCUCCAACAACCACGGCGCUAAGAACAGUGCGCCGAGCAAGCCUGUCUCGGCUUCCACUGCAGCUGCCGCGAAGUCCCCCACGAGUGCAACCGCAAAGCCCACUUCGGCCCGCGAACUGGCCAAAGAGCGAUCCAACGCGAAUGCGAUUGUUCACAAGUCGAGCCGUGCCUCUCUGAACCCUACCACCAAGCCUGCCUCUCGAACCACCCGCGGCUCGACACCAGCCCAAGCGGGCCCCAAGACGUCGACCUCGAGUCAGCCGAGCAGCAAGCCUCGUACAAAGUCACCUACCAGGCCCGCUCAUCUACCCGCCUCUGCAACUGCAUCAACCGCUGCAUCUUCUGCUAAAUUGGGUAACACAGGUGCCUCGAAUGGACGCACCACCACUACCUCAACCCUCACACGCAAGCCAUCUUCUCUCAAGAGUGCAGCUAAUGCAAGCUCGACAAGGGCAUCUGGUGCGACUUCGGGUGUUCGGAGGCAGUCUUCUCGGCCGUCCCUCGCCUCACAGCCUGCGCAAGAACGCCCGAGCUCACGGGCUAGUGACACGGGCUCUAAGCCUGUCAACGAAGGCUUCCUCGCGAGAAUGAUGCGCCCUACUGCCAGUUCCGCCAGUAAGACCCACGAGAAGCCGGAAUCCAAGAACUCUCAGAAGAGCACUUCUGCUCCAUCCAAGCCCACGAACCGACGAGUCUCGGAUCGUGGCACGGCCCAGCCAAAGGCCAGGCCAGCUGCUCUGAGACCACAGACCGAGAAGUCGCAGGCAUCUAACAAGGAGAAACUGGCGCCUCAAAAACAGGAGGCGAAGGCUCCCCAGAAGAAGAAGCAGGAGAGCGGGAAGGAGAAUGUGGAGGCCGUUGCACCGAAGGUGGAAGAGCCAGUGACUGUCGAGGCCCAGGUUACCAUCAUGGAGCAACCCGAACUUGAAACCCCAGCGGAUUCAGAUGCCACCAGCGAGAAGCCGGAGCCUGUUGAGACAGAGAGUCCUGAGGCUACUACCAAGGCUGUUGAGCCCGCUCCCAAGCCAGUCGCUGAGCCAGCUGAGCCAACCCCUGCUCAGGAAACUGCUGAGGCUCCGGUUGAGGCUCCGGCUGAAGCUCCGGCCGAGGUUCUCGUGGAGGCAUCGGUCGAGGAGGCGAAGGAGGACAGUGAGACUCCUGUUCAGCCUGCCGAGGCGGUCGAACCCGCGGCUGAAGCCCCCGCGGAAAAGGAAGCUCCAGGGGAGAAUGUGACAGAGACUGAGGUCUCGACCACCGAAGGUACUCCUGCCAAGACUAUUGUUGCUGAAGCGAACGAAGCUGAAGCCGUUUCUGAGAAGCCUGUUGAGACAGCUAACCAGGAUGUUCCCGAACCCACCGCCGUUGAGCAGGUGCCCUCCAAGGCCGAGGUCGAAGCUCCCGAAGCUUCUCAGCCCAUUGACUCUCCUGCUCAGGUCGAGGAGACUGCUCCUGAGCCUGCGACGGACAAUGUCACCCCUGAUGUCCCAGCUGAGCCUAUCGACGAGGCCCAUUCCAAAGAGCCUGUCCAAACCGAGGAUUCUACGCCUCAGGUGACGUCGGAUACAGUUGAUAUCGACUUUGCCAACCAGCUGAGCUAA